CACAGUAUAAGUACAGUAUACCAAAGAGCAUAAACAUGAUCAAAUUAUGUUUCAAAUUUUUUGAUGCACCUUUAAAUAGUUAUUUGUAUCAAACAUACUGACAGAAAGUGUCCCCAAAGGAAUCUAGUGCGGUGCAAGGUGUUUACGAGGGGACGCCUAUUCUGCUACGUCCCUUAACGAUCCGCCUUUUCCCCCAGAAGUUUGGAAAAAGCUUGUGGACGCCAUCUGCUGCAUCCGAUUAAGAUGUCUGAGCAAAAAGAGACACCGGUGACAAAAGCAAACAGUGGGAGAUGUCAUAUCGUUUCCAAAUGGAAAACAAAUGAACCUAUUUCCCAACAUGAGGGUGAAACAGACCUCCAGAGUGGUGCCUCUCAAGUCCCCUUGAACCUCGUGAGCACCAGCCAAGGUCACGCUGCUUUCCCAGACAGUGUUUACCUGCUAGCUUCCGUCAUCUUCCAGAACAGCCACCAGGAGAAGCCUGCAGGUCGCCAGCUGGUGAGGUAUGGUGAAGGGAAGGAGCUGCCUUUGCCACAAGUUGAAGACGAGAUGCUACGUCCUGCCUAUGAGCUGGCCUUCAAUACGCUGAUAUAUCAAGAACUGCUGGAGGACGUCAUAACUGACGGCGGCUCUUUUAUCUCUCACCCAAUACCAGAUGAUCAAAUGAGCCUUUUUGCUGUCAUGCUCUAUGACCUCAAGGACAGGAAGUUUUUCCCGCAAGACCCCACAAGGAAGGAGUCGAUACGGGAAGUCAGAGAUGUCGAGAACUAUCUCAUCAGGUUCAAGACAAAGCUGGAGGCCUCACUGGCCAGAUAUAGAAUCAAACAUGACCUUUCAUCUCUUGACUGCAUUCUACCCGAGAGUGUGAAGGUGAAACAGGAGAGAUCCAACAGGCUGCCACUAUACGCAUGGGUCAACACUUUGAGGAGCAGUCUGGAUGAGGUCCAAAAUGUGCUGAUGGAUGCAGGCCUCUCCCAAGUGAAUUCCAUCAGGCAGUUGGAAGGGCAGACCUUCUGCCAGGAUGCUGACUGUGAGGAUUUGCUGGUAUUCCCCACUCAAAUGAAAGAGAGGCUGGAUUCCACCAAGCUGCUUCACAACCUCAAACUCGUCAUGCAGGACAAGUCUUGCAGCCUGGCCCCGAAGGUGGCGAUCUCCUUUCUACCAGAUGACGGGGACGUCCUCCUUGUGGGCACUUUCUCCGGCCUCACUGUCUCCCACACAGCCUCACUGAUUAAGGAGAAGCAUAAAGCCAGUGACAACAAAUCCAGAGUCCUUGCUUGUGUCAGCGGUCUUACAGAUGCUCAGAGGGAAGCGAUGCAGCAAGUCAUCAUCCACAUGGGCUGCAAGAAUGUGAAGCUGAUAAACGAGGUGUUCCAGUCUCUCACCAGUGGUGACAAGCGUCUUGCAAAAGUCCGUCUUAUCCUGUUGACUCCCAACUGCUCCUUGUCUGCAGUCAGCAAUCCGCUUGAGUUCAUGCUGCAAGAGAACAGAGAUGCCAGCUUGCUGCAGGACUUCUCCCAGGGUUCUCUGGCCCAGAGCAAGCUGGAAGCUCUGAUAGCACAGCAGAGGGAAGAUAUUGAUCAUGCAUUAAAGUUUCCCCAAGUUUUGGCGGUUGUUUACGCAACCUGCUCGUCACACCCAGAGGAGAAUGAAGAGGUGGUGACUAGAGCCAUCGAGCAGGCCAAUGUGAUGCCACAGCAGGAUUGGCGGCUACAAAAAAACGAGUUGAGACAAAGCCAAGCCCUAUAUAAUCCUCCAGACCGUGCCGAAGGUCAUGAAAGGCAAAGUGAAAACAAUUCCUUCUUCAGGGUGGAACCCUCUGAGCUGAGUAAUGGCUGCUUCAUGGCUGUUCUCAUCAGAGAGAUGAAAGUGAAGUCUUCACAGUACAAGCAUGGGGCAAAAGAGACAUCGCAGGCUGUGCAGGCCAAGGUGUCUGCCGACUGCAAACCUGAGCGCGUCAGGCCAAACCAGCCAACCAGAAAGAAGCAACGUGGACAAAACAUCAGGCCAACCAAAGUGACCUUCGCUAAGCUACCCAAGCACCAAAUCUCUGAAAAAAUGCCACAGGUACCCCGCGGAACUCCCCCCAAACCGCGCUUGCAGACGUCACAGAAUUGCAUUUCUGACACCCACUGUAAUCGAGAAAAGUCCAGCUCAGGCAUCCCCACACCAGAAAAGAAUUCAAAAGCGCACAUCAUUAGCCCCGUUUUCAACACUGUGACUUCCACUCCCCUUCUGUGUCCGGCGCCUCCUCUUGUCCGCCCUGCGACAUCUGCAGUCCGUCCCCGGAGAAUCCAUCAGUUGGUGCUGAAACCCGCCGUGAUCGUUUUGCGUCCUCAGCAUCUUCCCCAGCCGCCGCAUCCUCACCCUCGACUCCAUGCGUGGAGGACCCUGGCACCGACGUUCCCCUCCUCUUGAGUGAUGGGAGGUUGUCCCAAGGACUCGGUGCUCAAAAAUAAGAUGCAGGUUUAGGUCUGAUUCUAAAUUAAGCUAAGCCAAUGUACACUGAAGCCCCUUUUCCAUUGUCCGAGCUCGACCCCAAAACAGCCUAGUUCCACCCUGUCUGGUUGCUUUUCCAUGACACUUUUUCAGGGCCGGGUGGUUAGAAUGGAGCUGUUCCAUGGAACAUCUUGCAACGUGGUUGUAGAACGCGGGCCGUGGAGGGCUGCGACAUCACUGUCAUCUGAUUAACCGACAGAUGUACAGUAGGUCUUUCUUAAAGAGAUGCAGCAAGGAACUGAAAUUCACACCCAUUUCCUGGUUUUAAGCGAGCAAGUCAAGUUUUAAAAUGCAUUUACAGUCCACAUAUAUUGUCAAGACUCAUCCAUCCACAUAUCCUCACAAGGUUCACGGGCCAGAUUUGAACCUGCUGCCUCUCAACUGUGAGGCAUUGUGUUAAACAGUCGUCCACCAUUCCCCCUUAUAAUACGUCACCAUAUUUACAAUUUCAUAGGUAUCAAUGCAUGAAAUAGAGUUUCAGGAAGCAACGCACACCUCACAGGUCCAUUCACUUGAAUGAGAACGAGCGCUCGAUUCAAAUGAAUGACAGGACUGCAACAGGAGGGCGUGGCGUAUCCCGUGGAAUCUUCCAGUGGGCUUGACUGCGAUGAAGACGUCCUUCGGCUGCAGCCCGGAGCCACGGCAGUCCCCCGACCUGACGGUUGUGGCGGAGUGACGGCUUGUGCCGGCCGCCAGAGGGCUUUGGAUGUCAGAUGAUGAUGAUGAUGAUGAUGAUGACAAGCUGUCGAUGGCAACCACUUGGACAGGUUGAUGGACCCGAUGAACGGAAUGCACUGCUUGCGAGCAAUUUUUUUCACUAUUUCAUUCAUUGGUAAAUACUCUAUGAAAUGGUAAAUAUUGUUGUGAAACACAAUAUAUGUGUACAGAACCCCGCAUACUGCGAGUGCAGAUUUUGGUUGAUCCCACCCCAGUCCCGCCCUAAUUGAUUGCCGCAUGUGGGAAUAGCAACGGAGGGCAGGCUUGGCCCAGUGAGGCUGUGGUAAAGCCGGGCCAGGCCGUUCUAGAACCUGUUAGGGAAAACACCGUAAUUUGUCCUUCAACAAAGUGCUGCAGGGUUUGCUUCAAUUUGGGGAGUUUGGGGGAAUUAAAAAAAUUAUACAUGAAUUUUUGUAAAAUAAUUAUUAUUCAUAUAUUAAGCCUCUGUGGGCUAUGGAUGGAAGGAUGGAUUUGACCAUUUUAUCUUCCCACUGGUGUGGAUUUUGUCCAAUUUUGUAAAUCUUUCAAUAUAGCAAUAAUAUAUUGUUUACCUAGAACUCUCCCUUUUGGCUCUAUAGUGGCCACUUUGGGCUAAUUUAAAACCAUGAAAUCAACAUGAAGUCCUUGUUAUUUACUAGAUUGGGUAAAAUGACUUUGAAUCUAAGUUCUAGAUUCCACAAUUUUGGUUGUUUGUGUUUUCUGCCAGAUCCCAUCAUGUAUCACUUUUUUUGGGACAAGGAAACAAUUUCAUGUUACAUUGAGUUCCAAAAGAAGUAUUACGAAACAAAUUGUAUGGUACAGCAUGUUCCAACGUUUAAUCAACAGACAACUGUGCCGGUGAAGUUGUACAGUUUGUAAAAACAGAUGAGCAAAUUGCACAAGACUUUGGUGUAGCUCACGAAAGUCUUGGAUUUAGUCAUAUCUCAACUAUCUGAGUUGGCAUGAAUUACCCUAAUUGUUUCCUAUUACUUUCCACGGCAUGAAUGUUUUUAAAUCUGUUUGCACCCACUGGCCGGGUCAUGGCAGUGUCAAAUGUCAAAACAAUUCUCACAACGCGUAUAAAUAACAAGAGGCUGCA